AUGACCAUUAACCUGCCCUACAUAUUGCUAUAUGGAGAUUUGCCAAAAAAUAAAGAAAAUAUAAUAUAUUUAGCAAAUCAUCAAAGCACAGUUGACUGGGUUGUUGCUGAUAUUCUGGCCAUCCGGCAGAAUGCUCUCGGACACGUGCGCUACGUGUUGAAGGAUAGGCUCAAGUGGCUUCCAUUAUAUGGGUGUUACUUUUCUCAGCACGGAGGGAUCUAUGUAAAGCGAAGUGCCAAAUUUAACGAAAGAGACAUGAGGAGGAAGCUACAGAGUUACGUGGACGCAGGGACCCCAAUGUAUCUUGUGAUUUUUCCAGAGGGAACAAGGUAUAAUCCAGGACAGACAAAGCUCCUUUCGGCUAGCCAGACAUUUGCUGCUCAACAAGGCCUUCCAGUAUUAAAGUAUGUGCUGACACCAAGAAUAAAGGCAACUUAUGUUGCUUUUGAUUCUAUGAAGAACUACUUAGAUGCGAUUUAUGAUGUUACAGUGGUUUACCAAGGGAAAGACAAUAAAGGAGAGCGAGAAGAGUCACCGUCCAUGACGGAAUUUCUCUGCAAAGAAUGUCCAACAAUUCAUAUUCACAUAGCUCGUAUAGACAAGAAAGAUGUCCCAGAAGAACAAGAGUAUAUGAGAAGAUGGCUUCAUGAGCGUUUUGAGAUAAAAGAUAAGUUGCUCAUAGAAUUCUUUGAUUCACCGGAUCCAGAAAGAAGAAAUAAAUUUCCUGGGAAAUGUGUUCAUUCCAAACUAAGUCUCAAGAAGACUUUGCCAUCACUGUUGAUCCUCAGUGGACUGACUGCUGGCAUGCUGACCACGGAGGCAGGAAGGAAACUGUAUGUGAACACGUGGCUCUACGGGACCCUGCUGGGCUGCCUGUGGGUCACCAUCAGAGCAUGAGCAGGGGGCACCCCAGCCACAAAUGUGCUGCCUUGCCUCUCGCCGUUGUGGCUGCCUAGUACAUCAACUUGUUUCCUGAGUUUAGUAAGAAGUGUAAAUAAAGCCUUGUUGAUUGAACAUUGGAUAAGAUAGAGUUUGUGACUAAAGCCGAUAAGCAGAUGAUCUUGGGCAAACAUAAUGUGGUUUUUCAACGUUAUUGCAGGAGCUGCUGGAAAGGUAAAAGCCAAGUGGAGCUAUUCUUUACACCUCCCACGAGCUAACGUCAGCUUCCGAAGAUUAUUAGCAUUGUAUAAUUUGAUGUCGUUUUGUAAUUUAGAGGGCUGUAUUUUUUAACAUUAAUUUGCAGCAUAUUUCACUCUAUUUGUUAUUUUCAGGUUUUUUUUACAACCUGACAACUCCAAACUCAUCACUGUUUAGUAUCUUGAAGCUAGCAAUAUUGGGCUUUUUCUUACUUUGUGCAAGCCCAUGAAAGAAAUUGAAUUUAAGUAUGAAUAUGUUCAAGGAAAAGGGUAAGAAAUAUUCAUGGGGAAAGAAAUUCUGUUCAGUGUUUUGUUUUGUUUUUUUUUUGUAUUGCGAUAUUAGCUGAUUUUACUUUGUAUUUGAAAAAUAACAUUUCUAAUAUUUAUUGAAAUCACUUAAUUUGCAUACCCUAUACUCUGCACAAGAGAAUAAUGUAUCAAAUGUCAGAAUGAACUUUAAGUUAAAUUUGCAACUGAUUCAUUACAACAGAACUUGAAUUUGCCCAGCUUUUGAAGAUUUAAGCUACGCUAUUAGUACUUCCCAACAUCUGUGCCAUAAGUGCUUGAAAACAAAAUUGUUUCCUGUUAUUUUUUAUAUCAGAGUAAUUACUGUGAACCUUUGUCUGGAUCUGGAGUCCCCAGGUCUUUGAGGUGGUCGGAGCCCACAAACAUCACAACUCCAUUGCUAGCAUGUGCCUUUGGCCUCUUAUCUCUCUGAUCUAGCCAACUGUUUGACUCAGAAACCAUCUUUCUGCUAUCAUGGUAGCUGCACUGGGCCCUUCCUUCCUCCCGGACCCCUUCCUUCAGUGGUGCUGCUCCUAGCUUGCACAGUAGACCAGCAGUGAAGAGCGGCCGGCGGGCCUGGCUUGGAGUGGAACUCACGGGGCACUCAGCAAGCUUCCCAGACUUCUGCAGAGGCGUCUUACACUUGUUCAGUGUCGAGAAAUUCACCUUCCUCACAUCAUUCAUCAGGACUGAGUAGAUUUGGUUCUUUCCAUUGGUUUAAAUGGAGCUACAAAGUGAGAAUAAGAGCUACGUUCCAGGAACCAAGUCACAGCAUUCAGUCAUGGAAGAAGACCUUUUUAAAGAGUGAUCUGCUCUGUUUUUAUGUUAUAAUUUAAAUACAACUGCUUUCUGGUGUUUUAAGAUAACAAUUCUGCUUUCUGUUGGUCAGAUUUUGUUGCAAAAUCAUUUUGUGACCCAGAUGAAACACACCAAUUGAAUUAUAAAAAGCAAAAUGGAGGGGAAAAAAAUUCGAGGGAAAUUUUGUAUGACUAUCUUCCGUUACUUUUCCAAAACUAGAGAAUAAGCCAUUUCAAACAAUACCUUUGAAGAGUAGUGUGGUGUGAAUCAAUCUCUGUCCAUUAGUAUGUGUAUGUGUACAAUGUUCAUAUGCCUAUCUUCCUGCAGAAUACAGUCAGCCUGACUAUGAGUGGAGGCAUAGGUCAGACUCAUGAAAAGUGUCCUCAUGCUGAAUUGACGUUUUCUUUUACAUGUAAAGUGAAAUUUAGAUCAAUUCCAUGUCUCUGUUAAAUACUUUUUUUUUUAAAGUCCUAAUUUUAGAGCUUGUUUCUGACAAAUCAAAAUGAAUUUAAGUUGUAGAACUUGGAAUAUCAUGGAUAUGCUUCUAUUUAAAUUUUAAGAGAAAAUAUCAUUGGAAUUAUGUGGAUUACAAAUGAUUUUAACAAGAAAGGUGACUUCAUGAGGUCACUUUUGAAUAUGGUGUUUCUUAGGACUGUAUUUAACUUUCUUAUCACAAAAGGUCAAUAAAACAUGGGAGUUGGAGACAUUUUUGUAUCAAAACAUUUGAGAAGUCAGAAACUUAACACAUGUUGAUGUUGACUUGAAUUAACUGUUUUCUAAAAUUAAAAGCUAUAUGCCUACCUGUAAAUCGUUUCACAUUAUCAUUUUAAGUUUUUGUUGUAUUGUUGAUUUACAGCUUACUUAUUACUUGGUUUUUCUUUAUAAGAAUUUCAUCAUUGUGCAUGCUUUUAUGUUUUUCAGCAAAGGGUGUGUUUGGAUGAAAGUAAAAAAUAAAAUAAAACCUUUCACUAUCUC